GGCAACAGCCCAGGAGAAAGGAGAUUUUUAGAAAGCUGGAUGAGAAGGGACCCUUGUGACCCACAGGCUUUCAUUUCUCCUAAAUACUGGGUGACGUAGGCAGCCCCAGGGCCAGUGAAAGGGGAAGUCCGCAGUUUCUUAAGAAGCAGAGAGAGAAGGACAGAGGGGACUGGGAAGAGGAAGGGAGGCAGUCAGGCAAAGAGGAGUGUGUGGAGGAGGUGGCAAGGCCAGGGUGUGCAUUGAGACCCAGGUGUCAUAAAAGACCAGACAACAGUUGAGAAAAGACAGACAAAGGGGGAAUUUAGCAGGAAAGAGGGGGAGGGUAGAGAAGUGGAGUAAUCGGGGUGACAGGGUGGGGUUUGGGGGAAGAGAAGGCCGAAGUGGGGGAAGGAGAGGGCAGAAGCACAUAGGAGAUGAGCAACAAGAAGGAUUGAAGAGUGGAAGGAGAGAGUGGAGAAUUAAGGAGGAGAUCGAAUCUAGGUAGCAAACAGAGGGACCUGAGGGGAAAAAAAGAGGGAAACAAGGGGAGAGAAAAGAGAGCGUUCCGAUUUAGAGGAAAAGAGAGGAUAGAGGAGAGGGUUUGGGUCACAGGAGGCCCAGGAUGUCUGCUCCUCGCGCCGGAGAGCAGCCAAGCAGGUCCGGAGAGCGGCGACCGCUGUUGGCUCAAGGCUCGCGGGCCCCCCCACGGUGGAGACGGACAGCGGUCGCCGCGGUGCUGCUAGUCCAGCUGCUGGAACGAGCUGCGUUCUUCGGCGUCACCUCCAACCUCGUGCUCUACCUCAACAGCUUGAACUUCAAUUGGGAGGGCGAGCACGCUUCGCGGGCCACGCUCCUCUUCCUGGGCGCCUCCUACCUGCUGGCUCCAGUGGGAGGCUGGCUGGCCGACGUGUACCUGGGCCGCUUCCUCGCUAUCUCGCUCAGCCUGCUGCUCUACCUGGCCACCACCGGCUUGCUGCUCACCGUCAUCACCGACGAUGGUCGCAGAUCCUUCUGCGGAGAGAUGCCCGAGCUUCCGCUGGGACCCGCCUGCCCAUCCGGAGACUGCCAAAGCUUCUGGUCCAGCCCCUACUGCGCGACCACUCUCUACUUGGUGCUCCUGCUCCUGGCGCUGGCUGCCAGCUCCGUGAGGAGCAACCUCACGUCUUUUGGGGCUGACCAGGUGAUGGAUCUUGGGCGCGAUGCCACCCGCCGCUUCUUCAACUGGUUCUAUUGGAGCAUCAGCCUGGGUGCCGUACUGUCCCUGCUGGUGGUGGCCUUCAUUGAGCAGAACAUCAGCUUCCUGUGGGGCUACAGCAUUAUCGUGGGCCUCGUGGGACUGGCAUUCUUCAUCUUUCUCCUUGCCACCCCCGUCUUCAUCACCAAACCCCCAACAGGCAGCCAAGUGUCAUCUAUGCUGAAGCUUGCAUUCCAAAACUGCUGUCCCCGGUGCUCUUCCAGGGACUCUGAAGCUGCCCACCUAUUGCCUGCCCAGAGGUAUCAACAGCCAGGAGCUUCUCCACAGGAAGACAGGGACAACUUCCAGGUGCUGGUGAAGCUCCUGCCUGUGAUGGUGACCCUUGUGCCUUACUGGAUGGUGUAUUUCCAGAUGCAGUCUACCUAUGUCCUUCAAGGUCUCCACCUCCAUAUCCCCAACAUCUUCAGGACCAACCCUAACAGUAGCUCUCUAUCUCUGAGAUCAGCCAGCAGCAACUACAGGAUCCCAGAAGCCUGGCUCCUGCUGGCCAGCGUUGUGGUGGUGUUGAUUCUGGUCCCUGUCAAGGACCACGUGAUUGACCCUCUACUGCUUCGGUGGAGGCUACCGCCCUCAGCUCUGCGGAAGAUGGCCCUGGGCAUGUUCUUUGGGUUCACGUCCAUCAUUGUGGCAGGAGUCCUGGAGAAAGAACGCUUGCAGUACAUCGCUGCCAACCAGACUGUGCCUCAGGUGAUUGGGCACGACUUGUACUACGCGGCGCCACUGUCUAUCUGGUGGCAAAUCCCCCAGUACCUGCUCAUCGGGGUCAGCGAGAUUUUUACCAGCAUCCCAGGUCUGGAGUUUGCCUACUCAGAAGCCCCACGCUCCAUGCAGGGUGCAAUCAUGGGCAUCUUCUUCUGCCUUUCGGGGGUAGGGUCACUGCUAGGCUCUGGCCUGGUGGCCUUACUCUCCUUUCCAGGAGGCUGGAUGUACUGUCCCAAGGACUUUGGGAACAUCAACAACUGCCGGAUGGACCUCUACUUCUUCCUGCUGGCCGGCAUUCAGGCUGUCACAGCCAUCCUGUUUCUCUGGAUUGCUGGUCGCUAUGAGAGGACUCGUCAAGAUCCGGCCUCCCAGAGCUCAUCCAGCAGGGUCAGGGGCUGAACUGAUCUCCGCCCACCCAGACAGACAGUGUCACAGCGCUGGCAGCUGUGCCCAUUCUCAUCUCAUUUAUUCUGUACCCAACAUUAGAAUGAAGUGGUUCCCAUAAAUAAGGGGCAUGCGCCCUCCCUCUUGA